AAAUGUGCGACAGCGCCGUGCGGCGGAGGGAGAGCAGACAGCGGCUGAGAGCGGAGACACAGAGAGCAGGCCCCGGACAGGCCCAGGACUUCCAAGCCCGGCUCAGCAGCGGAAACCCAGCUCAGGACGGGGCAAGGACCGUGACCCAGAGGCAACUACCGCAUCCCUAAUCUCGGCCAGACCCCGGACUCGGGGUAGGAGUGUGGUUUCAUGAUCUGAUAGCUGACUUUACGUCUCCGACACCCGGACAGCGGCUCCACCGGGGCUGACAUGGCCUCCAACACGGACAGAGAAAUGAUCCUGGCCGACUUCCAGGCAUGCACCGGCAUUGAAAAUAUCGAUGAAGCCAUAACACUGCUUGAACAGAACAACUGGGAUUUAGUAGCUGCCAUAAACAGAGUGAUUCCGCAGGAAAAUGGCAUAUUACAGAGUGAAUUCGGAGGAGAGACCGUACAAGGCCCUGUGUUUGGUCCGGCUGCCCAACCCGCCACAUCUACGGAUACAGCGCCUCCCUCCUCAUCCUCUGCUUCAGCGUUCCAUCCCGCGGUGUCGGGCCGGCAGGUUGUAGAGCGGCUGUCGCGCAUGCUGGACUUCAAAAUAGAGUACAGAGACAAAACUGUGGAUGUGGUUUUGGACGACAGCUGUGUGGUUGGGGAUAUCAAGCAGAUCCUGGAAAACGAGCUUCAAAUACCGGCAUCCAAAAUGCUGUUAAAGGGAUGGAAAUCCGGAGAGGUAGAGGACAGCACUGUUUUGAGGAGUCUUCACUUGCCUAAAAACAAUAACCUUUAUGUCCUCACUCCAGAGUUGCCAGUUCCUUCUAUGUCUAGUCAGUCCUGCACCUUGCCGGAGUCAUUAAACCAAACCUACUUGCUGAUCAUCUCGCACCGUGAGGUCCAGAGGGAGUACAACCUGCAUUUCUCUGGGAGCUGCACCAUACAGGAGGUGAAGAGGAAUGUCUACGAUCUCACAAGUAUCCCUGUGCGCCAUCAGGUGUGGGAAGGCUGGCCUCCAGCUGCCGCAGACUCCAUGACGCUGGUGUCUUCAGGAAUCAGCUAUCCUUGUCACCGGUUGACGGUGGCAAGAAGGACAUCCCCUGUGCAAACCAGAGAACAGUCAGAAGAGUCCCCUUCCCAGCAGUGCACAGACAUCCACAUGAUCAGUGACAGCGAUGGAGAUGAUUUUGAGGAUGCUACAGAGUUUGGGGUGGAUGACGGAGAGAUCUUUGGCAUGGCUUCCUCUUCCGCACUCAGAAAGUCUCCAAUGAUGCCUGAAAAUGCUGAAAACGAAGGUGAUGCCUUGCUGCAGUUUACAGCGGAGUUCUCUUCCAGAUAUGGCGAAUGCCAUCCGGUGUUUUUUAUUGGAUCCCUAGAAGGUGCUUUCCAGGAGGCAUUUUAUGGAAAGGCAAGAGAUAGGAAGCUUCUUGCUAUCUACCUCCACCACGACGAGAGCGUGCUCGCCAAUGUGUUCUGCUCGCAAAUGCUCUGUGCAGAAUCCAUAGUGUCGUAUUUAAGCCAGAACUUCCUUACCUGGGCUUGGGACAUGACGAGAGAAGCAAACAGAGCAAGGUUCCUCACGUUGUGCACCCGGCAUUUUGGCAGCGUGGUAGCGCAGACUGUCCGCACGCAGAAAACCGACCAGUUUCCACUUUUCCUGAUUAUCAUGGGGAAGAGAUCAUCCAACGAAGUACUGAACGUAAUCCAAGGGAACACAUCCGUGGACGAGCUCAUCAUGAGACUGAUUUCAGCGAUGGAAAUAUUCUCUGCUCAGCAGCAGGAAGACAUUAAGGAUGAGGAUGAACGAGAAGCGAGGGAGAAUGUUAAGCGGGAACAAGACGAAGCUUAUCGCCUUUCACUAGAAGCUGAUCGCGCGAAGAGAGAAGCUCAAGAAAGAGAAAUUGCUGAACAAUACCGAUUGGAACAGAUCCGAAAAGAACAAGAGGAGGAGAGAGAGGCUAUUCGGCUUUCUCUGGAGCAGUCUCUACCACCAGAGCCACAGGAGGAGCAUAGUGAACCACAGAGCAAGCUACGGAUCCGAACGCCUAGCGGCCAGUUUAUCGAGAGGCGUUUCCUAGGCUCUAGCCCCUUGCAGGUUGUCUUUGACUUUGUAGCAUCCAAGGGAUAUCCCUGUCAAGAAUUCAAGCUUCUCAGCACCUUUCCACGGAGAGACAUAACCCAGUUGGAUCCCUGCAGGACCCUAAUGGAUCUCAAGCUGUACCCUCAGGAAACACUUUUCCUAGAAGCUAAGGAGUAAGUGUCCAUGGAGUGGACUGUGAGAGCAGCUGUAGAGGCACCACUUAACGGGAAAAAGAAAGCUACUCGCCAUCACCUCACUUGUUAUUUGGGGCUUCUGCACCACUUGGAAGACAGCAACCCUCCACAGACCCAAUUUGGUGGGUUUCCAGCCUGAGCAGGAGAUCGUCCCAAUAAGAACACUGAAUAUUACAUGUUAUCCAGCAGUCUCCUUCUGAUCUAAAGAAUGCACUAUUCUGACACCAAAGGGGUUAAAUUCAGAGGCUCCCGGGGGGUUGAACAUAAUACACGGCCCCUGUCUGAUACUGAGUAUCUGCACUCCCACACAAGUAAAUAAACCAUGGGAGUCCAUUGCGUGGACCCAAAUUGUUGUUUCCCAGUUUUAUUAUAACCUCCGAGUUCGAGUAUCGUAAGGAGGGCUGCCUUCGCCAGGUCCAUCUGGUUUGAAUUGCUGACGCUUUCACUGAUGUGUUUGAAUCAGAUUUAUAAAUGUAAAGACCAGAUCUAUAAUAGUUACUUGUUAAUAAGAAUCAUACUAUAAUCCAAUAGUUAUUAGUAGUUUGCUUGUUGGCCAACCACCGCUCACACUGCUCCGUAUUGCAGAUUCUCUGUGAUUCCUAUUCUGACUGAUCUGCUGAGUCCAUGACAUCAGGCGGCAGUUUUAUGGCCAUGUGUGAGCACACCUUUUGCUUAUUUACCCAUGUAUUUUGUAAAUAUGCCUAAUUUGCUUCCCAGCCAAGAUUGAUAGCCAAUUGCCUUGUUUAGUUAUGUUUAGAAGAGGGGGACUUUUUUACCCAAAUCCUUGGUGUCCUUAAUAAAGAGUUGGUAGAGAUAGUUUGUCAUGUGCUUGCCCAAGCGUAUACCGCAAAGAGAGUGAACCAUCUCCAAGUAAGAUUUCUGUCCACGUGAUGUAACUUCUCGCUAUUCCUAGUGGUACAGGCUUGUCCUGGGCUACAAAAACGCGGGUCGGUGGACUAUGGGGACCGAAAAUGUCUCCCAAUCCAUAAUACACAUUGUUCUUCUUUUUCACCUAAUCUGGUACCGGAACACAUGCCGAUUAUUACUCUGCAGAUACUCAGCAUCACUAAACAGGGAGGAAUCCCCCCUAAAACAGGCGUGAAUAGGUUUGUUUUGGCUCUCAGAUUGUCUUCGGCUCGUUAUUCUGCGUGUUGGCAAGUGGCCGCAAGCUGGAUUGGCGCAAUGCAGAGCGAAGAGCAUUUAAGUUCCUAAACUUGCAGAAUGUGUUAUUUUAUACAUUUUAUUGUUUCUUUUGCAUCUUAAGAAUCCUAAUCCUUCUCCUGCCUCAAUGUUAGACACUUAAACCCGUAUGAUCUAGCGCGUGACACAUAAUGUUUCUCCUCCACCAGUUAAUCUACGAAGGCAAAAGCGAUGGAAUUGAUGGGUUUGUUGGGGCGUUCUGAGCUUGGACAUGUCACAAUGUUGCAGAGAAUGUUUGUAUCACCUGCUACUUUGAUGCUGUGAGGGGGUUAUUUGAAAAAAAGAGACUUUUGGUAAAUCAACCAGUUAUUUAUUUCUGAUUUCCGCUUUUGGUUGCAGACCUGGUUCAUUUUAGGCUGUGGUUGGGGAGGGGGGGUCAUUAUUUUGCAGUGUGUGCCUCUUAAAUAUAUGCAUGAUGUGAAUAUUUAUCUCUGAAUAAAUAAGACCAACACAGAA